AUGGCCACAUCUGGCAGGAUCAGUUUUACAGUGAGGAGCAUUUUGGAUUUACCAGAGCAGGAUGCUAAUAGCGUGAAGCAAGCCUCUGACCAUCACCACUCAGCGGAGAACUACACCGGCUUGCCGUAUCGAGGGUGGAUAGAAACAGACAGAAAUCACUAUCCCUCUUCCGACGAGAGCGGCCCGGAGAUGAGCUUGCCCGACUCCACCCAAAGGUCGCUCCCCGCCCGCGGCUCGGAGGCCGAGGAGAAGAAGAAGAAGCGGCGGGUGCUCUUCUCCAAGGCGCAGACGCUGGAGCUGGAGCGGCGGUUUCGGCAGCAGCGAUACCUUUCGGCGCCGGAGCGGGAGCAGCUGGCGCGGCUGCUCAGCCUCACCCCCACACAGGUGAAGAUCUGGUUCCAGAACCACCGCUACAAGAUGAAGCGGGCGCGGAGCGAGGGCCCCGGCAGCCCCCAGGCGCGCCCGCCCGCCCUGCUGCGCCGGGUGGUGGUGCCGGUGCUGGUGCGGGACGGGGAGCCCUGCCGCGGCUGCACCGCCAGCCCACCGGCGCCCGCAGCGCGCCCCAAGCUGGGCUGCGCCCUGGCGGGGUGCAGCGCCCAGGCCGCCUUGGCCCUGCAGGGCUACCGAGCCUGCCCGCCCGCCGCCGCCCUCGGCGUCUUCCCCCCGUACCAGCACUUAGCGCACCCCGCCGUGGUCUCCUGGGGAUGGUGA